AUGGAGGACAAUAGCAGCCUAUAUUUUCUACACCAUGCGGAUCAUCCCAGUCUUCAACUCGUUAGCCACGAACUCACUGGCCCUAACUACAACAGUUGGCAUCAUUCGAUGGAAAUGGCUCUCAGAGCUAAGAACAAGCUGAGUUUUGUUGAUGGGAGCAUACCUAAACCCAAUCCAACAGAUCUUCUCGCCUCAGUUCGGGAUCAUUGUAAUAGUAUGGUGCAUUCAUGGCUUCUCAAUGCUGUCUCCAAGGACAUUGCAGAUAUUUUAUUGUAUCAAGAGUCUGCUUAUGCUGUUUGGACUGAUUUGUGUGACAAGUUUCAUCAGAGCAAUGCGCCUCGAAUUUUCCAGAUUAACCAGCAGCUACAUGCUCUUUUGCAAGGAUCCAUAGAUAUAAACUCUUAUUAUACUCGUGUGAAGGUGCUUUGGGAUGAGCUUCGGCACUAUCAGCCCACUCCCACUUGUCAUUGUGGGGGCAUAAGAGGUUGGGCUUUGUAUCAAGUGCAGGAAUAUGUCUUACAAUUUCCAAUGGGGUUGAACGAAUCCUUCUCUGCCGUUCGUGCUCAAAUCUUGAUGCUGGACCCUUUGCCUCCCAUUGCUAAGGUAUUUAACCUUGUGAUUCAAGAGGAAAGACAACGAACCAUUGGGUCAAUUCCUCCAAAUCCUACUGAAUCUAUGGCAUUUUUAGCUGCAACUAAUGUUGUAACAUCAUCGGGACCCAAACAGAAUAGACCAACUUGCACUCAUUGUGGUCUUCAAGGUCACACAGUGGAUAAGUGUUACAAAUUGCAUGGAUACCCACCUGGAUAUAAGCUCCCAACCAGGUGCCCAUCUCAUGCUAGCUCUCUUCAAUUAAAAUCUCAAGGUGGAAAUCAGAGAUCAAUAUUAAUACAACCAAAAGUAGAAAACACUAUGAGAACCUCAGGUACACCUUCAACAUCCCCUUCCACACCUCUGUCAAAUUCCAACUCAACUCAGCAGUCAGGACAAAUGUCACCAAUUCAGCUUAAUCAUGAGCAAAUUCAGCAAAUGAUUUCAUACCUGAGCUUACAACUCCCAGCUUCUUCAACACCAACCUCAGUUGAGAAUUAG